UUUCUGUCUCGUUAGUACAACACCUUGGCUGUGAUAAGGAAAACAAAUGAAUUAGUGUGUAUCCUGUCCCAUAACGUUUUGUAUCUAACAUAUUGCCGGGAUCUAAAGAGGAGCCAUUCUUAACUACAGGACGAAGGAAAAGGGCCAAUUAACUUCUUCAGCAAAUUUGGCCACAAUCAGUUUGCUUUGGCCCCUUUAAUUGCUAUGGGGAUCCACUGUGACAUUAAUUUGCGUAAAUCAUCCGAUGGAAACUUUGUUACUGGAGGCACAGUAUCAGGUGUCGCUAGGUAUACUCUAGAUGAAGAAAUAGCUUAUACAAAGAUUUCAAUUUCAUUAAACGGUAGAGGAUAUCUAGAAGUACACAAUACUAGGAAGAAAGAUGAAGCAGACGGAUUAAUAAAAGAAGAAGAAGAAUAUUUAAAUGAAGAUAUUACAGUUCUGGAUAACCAAAAUGGGCAGGUUCUACCCAUUGACACUUAUGAUACACAGUUCCACUUUCAACUUCCACUGGGUAUACCACCGACACUCGACUUUGUUAAAAGUUCUGGCAGUCAUACAGUGCGAUGCAAGAUUAUUUAUUAUUUACAAUUAACAUUUGAAAGUCCCGAAGGUUGUAAGCGUUUUAGUACAACAAUUAAUGUUAUACCGGGCGUUGAUCCGAAGUUAUCAACAGAACCAAGGAUUUACGACAAGCAGAGGAAACUAAUACAAUUAUUAAGGGACAGCUUUGUUACUUUAAAAGCUACACUUAACAAUCCUGUAGUAACGCCCUGCAAUAAAGCUGAUUUAGUAUACGAAAUAUUUAAUGAUACUAAUGUUAAUUUCAAAUGCGUGGAAAGCAAAUUGGUGGAAGUAAUAUCUUUACCAAGAGGAUAUUAUGAUUCGACUUUUACUUAUGAAAUAGUUACUGAUAUAAAGACGGCCGGAGUGAGAAGUGGCGAAACUCAAACUAUUAAUGUAGAAAUUCCGAUACCUAAAGACGUCAACUCUAUUGAACAUUCCCAACUUAUUUCUCGUGAUUAUUUUGUGAAGAUAACUGUAUAUCUACCACUACCGUACCGUAACGUUACUCUGAAGGUACCUCUGCAAAUAGCGGGUGAUUCUAAAAAAAGCAUAAUGGAUGACGAUGAAUUGCUCACCCUUUGGGAAGCAAUGAAUGAAGAUGAUAUUGUAACAACUGUAUUAUAAGUAAUAAAGGCAAUCAUUUUUAAGAGGAGGGGAGGGAGGAGCACGUCUAAUGUAUACGUAAUGUAAAAAUAGUAAUGUUAGAUAAACGUCAGUCCAUACAAUGUGUACUACCAUUGGCCGCCUAUUUUCGACAGAGGGGAACGCCUGUUAAUGGCUACUCCGUUUGGUUAUAUUAUAUACUCAACUAACUCUACAUAGACUUUGCAAUGCCAGAGUUCGGAAGUGCUACCAUACGAAGGCGAAGCAUAAAAUUCCAUGAAAAUAUGAAAAUUAUAGUGGCGCUUCGAUAACAGAAA